CGAGCUCGCUGAGCCUGCGGGGACCAACUCUAGCCGCCCGGGAGGCUCCGCGAGCCGUGUGGAACGACGCUGGAGAAAGUGCAGACUUUUCCCGGGACUACGAGGGAAGAAUGCAGACAAUCAAAUGUGUGGUUGUAGGAGAUGGGGCUGUAGGUAAGACCUGCCUUCUCAUCAGUUACACAACCAAUGCCUUUCCUGAGGAGUAUAUCCCCACUGUCUUUGACAACUAUAGUGCCCAGACCUGUGUGGAUGGCCAAAUCGUCAGCCUGAAUCUGUGGGACACCGCUGGCCAAGAGGAAUAUGACCGACUGCGAACACUCUCCUACCCACAGACUAAUAUCUUUGUGAUUUGUUUUUCCAUUGGCAAUCCAUCGUCUUAUGCCAAUGUGAGGCAUAAGUGGCACCCAGAGGUCUCCCAUCAUUGCCCUAAUGUACCUGUUCUGCUGGUAGGCACCAAAAGAGACCUGCGCAGUGACCUGGAGACAGUGACAAAACUGAAGGCACAGAGCCUGCUGCCCACAACACCUCAACAAGGCACUUCCCUGGCUAAGCAGGUGGGGGCUGUGAAGUAUCUGGAAUGUUCAGCCCUGAUGCAGGAUGGGGUACAUGAGGUAUUUUCAGAAGCUGUCCGGGCUGUGCUUUACCCUGCCACAAAGAAGAACACCAAGAAGUGUGUCCUUUUAUAGCUUUGGGGUGCUAUAGGAACUGCACCUAAGGAAUAAGAUUCCUCUGACAGCAAUUAAAAGUGCCAGCAUGAGCCAUUUGUCUCUUCCUCUAGAAACCCUAGAACCCAGGGGUUAUUCGGCUUUUGGAGUAACACAGCUUUGGAGUUUUGGCACGAACCUUUUGGAGGAAGUGUGUGUGUGUGCACGCGCAUGUCUGUCUCCCGUGUCAAAGUGGUAAGAGGAGACACCACUUUCAUGCCUAAGCAGAACAGCCUACUACUGUUCUUUGUAGGCUUUUACUUGUCUGCUUUGAAAUGUAAUUUCAGCUUUCCUUGCUGUAUUUACCAUUGAACAAUGGUCUCACAGAAGGACAAGUUUACCCAGUUUUCAAAUCAUUACUUUCUGAUAGUUUUUGAAAAGUAGUUUGUGUGUGACUUUUGCAUGUUCCCAAUGUUGACAUGUGCCUCCCAUUCUUGAGAUAUUUUCACAAAUGAACAGCAUUUUCUCAACUUCCAUGAGAUGUAAACCACUGUUCUCUAAAAAGGGUUCUGUGGUCUAAUUAAGUUCAGGAACCAGCAAUUUAAAUAAAAUUGAACAGGUUCCUUUAUGUAGCAGGACUUUAGAACUUCAUAUGUACACAAACUAAUCUCACUACUGAACUUUUUUUGGUCCCAUGAAACACCUAUUAAUACUUCUGGUAACGCAGUUUCAGAUAAGCUGAGUUAAUGGGAACUAGGAAUUCUCAAAAAGGAGCUUGGAAAAAGAACAAAAAACAUAAUGCGGUCCUGUUCUUUUUGAAAUUUCCCUCUUCGUGCUUUUGAGACAGAUGUUUAUCAGCUAUGGAUUGUUAUUGGUCCUUUUGCUUCAAGAGAUGAGUUUAGCAUCUGACCAUAAGAACUGCUAGCAGAUUUUGGUAGCACUAUGGGUGAUGGGGAAUUACCACUCUCCCCAAACAGCUGCGUGAGUCUCCUCUGAGGUCCCCUUACCUUUCUAUCACUUUCUGCUUUAGUGAUAGACCACUGGAGGGUCCCUAAAUAAAACAAAAACACAGUGUCCUUCCAGUCCUUGUCAGAGUGCUGUACUUCCCUCUGAGACUUCUUCAUUUCUACCCUUGGCUGUUCUGGGUCUACAAAGGCUGCCUUGCUUGCCCCUGUCCUUCCCCUCUCAGUACAUGUUUAUUCGGAACCGUUUGUCUUUUGCAGUCUUCUAGUUGUUCCAAGAGAGUUAGAGUAUGUUGGAGCCAGAUCUGCAGACCCUGAGGCUGUCCCUCUUGCGGUUAUAUAGAACUUUCAGGUUUUGCUGGUGUGGUCCAACUUGUCCUGAGACAGUAAGAGUCAGAUUCAAGUCUCCCAAUGGGCCUGCGUCUCAUCCUGCCCAGUUGUAUUUUUCACUUUUUUUUUUUUUUUGCUAUGGAAAUAAAACUGACUUUACCUGGCAGGCAGUGGUUGCUAACUCCACCGUGUACAUAGUCUCCCACACUGCCAAACAGCAUUGGGUUUUGAUAGCUGGAGGAAUGGAGUUAAAAGGAUCACAUACCUCUCUGCAGUGGGGGAAAUGUUUGUGCUUUGCUUCCUGUUCCUGUUUGACAAGCUAUGUUGGUCAGAGUCUCCUUGAGCUAAUGGAACUUCCUGAACAGGGUUGGGUUGACAGAUCACACACACAAUCCCCUGUUAAAUUUGAAUCUCAAGUAAGCAGAUAGUUUAGCAUAAGUAUGUACUAUGCAAUAUUUGGGACAUACUUAACACUAAAAAAUUACUGUUUAUUUGAAAUUCAAAUUUAACAGGGUACCCCGUAGUUUUAUUUGAUAAAUCUGACCAUCUUACUGUUGGAGAAUGUGGAACCUGGGGUCAAGCAGAUACUGAAUACUGAUAGAAGAUAACAGGUUGUUAGUCCUACUCUCCCUCCUUUUCUUCCACAUGGACUCAGGUGUUUUGUUCUUACUUUCAUCAUCACAUCUCCGCUUCAGACAGUUCAUUGCUGGUGUCUUUCUAACCCAUUCAAUGUCUGUAGCUAUAGAGGGCUCAGGAUGGAUUUCCAGUGUAUGCCAUCUAUUUUCAGAUUCAUUAUAUUGUAUCUGUUUUCUUGGUGUGUGACCCAGGGCUUCCUGUGGGGGUGAUAGAGAUUCUGUAUGAGUAGUCCAUUAAUUGGAAGGGGGGGGUGGGUGACCUUCUCAACUAAGGCACAGUAGCACUUUGGGGCUAGCAUUAUGGUAGCAUGCUGACUGGGAGUCAACUUGUGUAUGGGCCUGUGGAUGAAUUCAACCACAGCAGUCAAAUGAAAGCAUCUAUUGCUCAAGUGUUCUCUAGUUGCAGGGUGUUCCAUGGUUCAAAGGGGCUAGAAACAUGGCUGCCACCUAUGGCGUUGUCUCUGGGAACUUUCUGUGCAGCUACUGACAAUAAGAGAUUUUUUUUUUUUAUUUAAUUGGGCUCUUGCCUCAAAAAUCCCCAAAUAUAAGCCUGAGUUUAGUUUAGGCAAACACAUUUUCUUUAAUAAUGGAGGUGUCAUCUCCAAGUCUAAAAGAGUAGGAAUCCUUUUUCUUUUUUUUGACAGGCAGAGUGGACAGUGAGACAGAAAGGUCUUCCUUUACCGUUGGUUCACCUUCCAACGGCUGCUGCGCUGCAGCCGGCGCACCAUGCUGAUCCGAAGCCAGGAACCAGGUGCUUCUCCUGGUCUCCCAUGCAGGUGCAGGGCCCAAGGACUUGGGCCAUCCUCCACUGCACUCCCGAGCCAUAGCAGAGAGCUGGACUGGAAGAGGGGCAACCGGGAUAGAAUCCGGCGCCCUGAACGGGACUAUAACCUGGUGUGCCGGUGCCGCAAGGCAGAGGAUUAGCCUAUUGAACCACGGUGCCGGCCAGGAAUCCUUUUUGAAUUACACUGAUUUGAUAGUCCUGAGUAUACACUGACUUCUUGAUUUUUAUAUUUAAAAAGAAUUUAUCUGAAGACCAACUUGCUGAUACCACUUUUAAAUUAUUUGUAAUGAAUGUUAAUAAACUUUUUUCUGAUUU